AUGCACGAACCACAACCUGACUAUGGUUUUGCUGGGCAAUAUCACAAUGAGAACGGAUACGCGAAUCCUAUUUACUCCUAUGAAGACGCUGACUAUCAUCCACAGCCACGAAGAGAAGCGGCAAGACUGCCCGUGAAACAACCGCCACAUCACUAUGUGCCGAUCUCACCUCCGAAAGCCCAUCUACUACCGGCCUUCGAUCAGGAGAGGGGAGUUAACGCUGAUUUGCACAAGCCAAGUACUGCUGAGCACAUUCGGCAAGUCGGGGUGCCUGUUUUACCGAUUGGACAACCGAGCGCUGUCGGGGUUGAUCUUUAUGGAAUCGUUCCGCCAUCCCAGAACAAAGCCUACCUUCAACACCUUCGAAAUCACCGAAAUUUCGACACCAUGAAAAACCUCCAAAGUGUAAACGAUUGCCAGAUUUGUCAAAUGUUCUUGGCCGCGGAAGGAUUUCAGUUAAAACGCCCAGAGAGGCCGAAACUGAACUCCCUGCAAAUCGAUAUCCCCGACGAACCAAUGGAGUAUUCGUUGGAUUAUACAAGAGAUGCCCCGCGAGAGAUGCCUCAACAAGAGGAGACACCAUAUCCAGUGGCUCAACCUCAAGGAAUGCCUUCACCGCAACGACCACAACUUUUCGAGGGACUCGUUGAUUCGAGACAUCGUCAAAGAGUUCAUGUGAAGGACAUCUUCCAAGCACCACCACAAAACCUUGCUCCCCACAACUACACGGAGCCGAUGCCAAACGGAUACUCGCCAAGAAUACACCAACACAAGAUUAUCAUCCCAGCACCAGAUUAUGAUCCACCAGCACCAGACUACCCAGUCACCAUCAAAAAAGAGAUGAAAGAGAUGAAAGAGACAAGAGAACCAGUGAAACUCUCCGGUGGAAGCGAUUCAUCGAAGUCUUCUCAAACACAAAACCCACCGGCGAUCACCAUUCAGAAGCCGCUUGAAACUCCAGCGGAGACAACCGAAGCUCGAGUGUUGAAAGAUUACAAAAAGCGAGGCGAAGGAGACAUCUCGGUGCACAAAAAUGACGUCGUUGAGAUACUCGAGUCGAACGGUCGAUGGAGCCGCGUUCGAACAAUCGAAGGCCUCGUCGGCUUCAUCCCCAACAAAUACCUCUUAACACAAAAUAAA